AUGGUAUGGAAUAAUGCAAUAUAUAAAAAAUCAUGGAGUAUAUCAAAACCUCAUUAUGCUGUUACAAUUAGAUUGAAUCUUACAUAUGGAGAUUAGUAUAAUGGAAAUUUUUAUUAUACAAUUUAAGGAAUAAAAUCAGUACCUCAUCCAAAACCAUCAUCUGGAGGAUAAAACUUUAUUGGUAAGAAUUUAAAUGAAAUAACAAAAUAUUUUGAAAUUUUCCAGAGUCCAUUCACAUCUUCUUCAUUAGAUAUUGAGUUUCAAUGCACAGAUACAACUGCAGAUCCAAGAGAUUAAUUUUGCGCAAUUUCUGAUUACUUUAUUGUAGUACACUAUGUAAAUAUUUUGAUUGUAUUUUAAGUGUCUCCCAUUUUGUUAAAUUUGCAAUGAUGGGGUCUCUUGUGUUAUUUGGGAAUCUGGACACACAAGUCAAAAUUGCAAUACUAAUUAGUUUCUAUAAUUUGAUUCUAAUUCAGAAACUUAUAGUUGUAUUACAUGUAACUAACCUGGAUGUUUAACUUGUAAAAAUUUGGAAGAAUGCACUUCUUGUGAUUUUUCAAAAGGGUUGAAUAAUGGUGUAUGUUUCUAAUGCAAUAAAUUCUGUGAAACUUGUAAAGGUAGUUUGAAAACAGAUUGUAUAACAUGUGUUUCAGAUUUUCAAAGAUUUAUAUUCAAUAAUUAAUGCUAAUGUUUACCAGGCUAUUAUGAUGAUGAUAUUAAUCUACCAUGUCAUCCUGUUUGUGGAGAUCUUUUAGUAGUUGAUGGAGAAGAUUGCGAUGAUGGUAAUAACAAUCCAUUUGAUGGAUGUCAUAAUUGUAAAUAUGGAUGUGAUGCUUUUUGUUAAGAAUGUAUAUAAGGGGUUUGCUAUUUAUGCUAAAAUGAUUUAUAAAUAAUCAAUAAUAAAUGUGUUGGAAUUUGUGGAGAUAAUAUAACAUCUCACGAUGAGUAAUGUGAUGACGGAAAUAUAAUUUCAUUUGAUGGUUGUUUUGAGUGUUAAUAUUAAUGUUAGGCCGAAUGCACAGAUUGCAAAUUUGGAUUAUGCUAUGAUUGUUCAAUUAAAGGAUGGUAAUUAUUUAAUAAUUAUUGUAUUCCUUAUAAGUUCAAAAAAUUUUAUUAUAUAAAAUAAACUAUUGCUAAAAUUGUAAAUAUGAGUAAAUAAAUGAAGAAUAAAAGUUUGAACAGAACUAUAAUAUUUUUAGGGAAGGUUAACUUACAAAUUCUCUAAAAGUAGAUAAGGUGA